AAAAGGCAUAGGGUGAAAGAAUUGCAGUCAUUUGAAGCUUUAAAGACGCUUGAGCGGUGCGUUCAGCAGCCUAGCCUUUUUCCAAAGAUUCAAUUUCUGCAAAGCAGCUUCACGUGGAUGCUUUACAUUCCAGGGUUACAUUUGUGCAUCGACCUUGUUUGGCUCUCAACGCUUAAGGAUCUGUGCUGGCGGUGUCUUGCGUCAACUGCAGUCCCUGCUUUGACAGAAAGAAAGGAAGAAAAUCGAAAAUUGUUUUCUUAAGCAGGCAUCAUCCGUGCCCUCACACUGGGGAAGGCAAAUCGGACGCGUCUCAGCCCCUCCUGCCCUUUACAUUCUCUGACCUCUCAAGACCUCAGGAGGAUCCGCCAACGGGUAUCAGUCAUGCAUCUGAAAACCAUGAAGUGCAACCCUUUCUGCCUUAUCGCAUCCUUAGAGGAUUCGGAUGUGUUUAACAGACCCGAGGAAAGGACCAGUUUUGAGGAACUGUUCCGUGCCUUUGACCAAAACGUCACCUUUCAGUUCUUCAAGAGUUUCCGUCGGGUGAGGAUUAACUUUAGCAAUGCUCUGGCAGCGGCGGAGGCCAGAGCUAAACUUCACAAAAGUGACUUCAAUGGGAGAGAAGUGCGACUUUGUUUUGCACAGUCUGUGCAUAUUGGCAGUCCACGCCUGGAACCUCCUAAACCAGACAAGCAGUUUCUCUUAUCGCCUCCUCCAUCACCUCCUGUUGGUUGGGAGCAGGCCAAGGACUCCACACCCGUCAUAAACUACGAGCUUUUGUGUGCCAUCGCCAGACUUGGGCCAGGCGAAAAGUAUGAACUCCAACCAGGAACCCCCACUACGCCCAGUGUGGUCGUACACGUUUGCGAGAACGACCAGGACAGCUCUGAAACCGAGAAGGACAUGGAGGAAGGCAGACGUGCUCGUCCAAAAAUCAUCCAGACCCGCCGUCCCGAAUACACGUCUUCUGUCAAGCAGUGAGCUUCGGGAUCCUCUCAUUGUGCCAUAACUUUUACUUUACUGUUACAAGGGCCCUCCGGGGGGAGGGGGGUUCUCCAUGGCAUGCAGUCGGACGCCACUAGAGGACGCCUUAAGACCGAGCUCGGCCCUGUUCAGGGGGACGAAGCGUCCACCAUCUGACAAGGGAAGGGGUUCAUUGCAUGACUUCAUUGGUAAAAUGACUCAUUCUCUGAGUAUCUUAGUGAUUGAGAACAUGAGUCUACUUUAGUGUAUUUUUUUUUUGUGUAGCUUGAGAGGCAUGUUGUGUCCCAGUCAGUGGGUGUGCUGUUUUUAUGAUUAAGUUGUGUUGCCUUUAGUGGUGCUUGACAUUUACAGGCUCAUGUUUAAAUAAAUGUCUCAGAUACGUAUGAGCACUGCAAGAUUGUUGCUCAGUAUUUGAGUGAGAUACUGGAACUUGAAUGAGACUAAAUGCUUGACUGUACAAUUUGAGUUUUGUAUUGUUGUCCUCAUGUGACGUUUCAAAUCUUGUUCCACUAUGUGCCUCAACAUUUUCCAAAAUAACGCGUAACUUAAUAAUGUAGUAUAAUAACUGGGUCACAUCAUUUAUUCAGCUAGAUCUUUUAUUUAUCAAUUUUUUGUGCUUUAAUUUUCAACUUGUUUGGGGAAAAGUGGGUUUUGAUUCCUUUAACAAAACUGACUUUAUUUCUAAAAGACUGACAUCUUAACCUGCUCAAAGUUUCAUUAGGCAUGAUUUUCAGUUUCAUGCACUUCUGAUAUUUCAUCACAUAGGACCAUAACACUGUAACUUAGUUUUCAGUCUUUAUGGAGGACUGUUACGCUAUUUACCAGAAAGAGCACAAAUUUUUGUUAUUAAAUUAGCUUAGUAAUGUAUUUCUGAAGCCUUCAAUUGUUUGUUAUGUAUAUAUGAAAUAUGCUUUUAUUUUUAAACUUAGUUUUGAAAAUGUUACAGAUUUGGCAAUAGCUUGGGUGUUUGUUCUGUCAUACAAAAAUGAUAAUAAAAACAGGCAUUUCAUGA